GCAACCGCAAGGUUUACGUGAACGACAUUGUCAUGGUAACCAUGAGCGACGGAAACACGGUUCCAGUAAGGCUGCCGGAAUGGUAUUGUGAUAUGGAGCAGGAUACGUUGUUGGUUGCCGUCCGACGUUUCCGGACUCGGAAUGAGGUUUGCGACGUAGAAGGUGGUGAGAGAAUUGAGAGACUUGUACGUGUGUGGGAGGAGAAAGGCACGAGUUCCAAGGUUAUCUUGCACAGCACGACGAUCCAGGACCUCUGCGAAAUAUACACGCGCGAAGAGGUGUCCAGAUCCAUGCAUCUCGAAGAUGAGUGGGAAGGGGGCGUUCGUUGGGCUGAUUGGGAUGCUUUCGUAGGGGAGGGCUUUGUCGUGAAGCGGCAGAAACGAAUAAGGCAAGGAGACAGUUUUCGGAGCCCGCCUCCCUUCGUGGAGUCGUCAGCUCCGUCGGCAAGGGAAGGCACCGGUGAUGAGCCCCUGUUUGGCAUCCGAAAGAAGGGAUUCCGGUACAACACGAAAAACCUCGUCUUCGCGAGCAUUCCGCUCUGUGUCUUCAACGAUGCUUGCAACGCAUGGUCAAUGUCCAUCAAGGGGUAG